GAAACUUGACACAGUCCAAGGAUGUGCGGAUUACAUCAUGCAAAACAAAGUUCACCAGUUUGUCGUGACGCUGCUGGACUCCAAAAGCACUGAGGUGUGUUUUGCAGCCUGUGGGGUGCUCACCAAUGUAGCUCAGGACCCACCCAACAGGAUCGCACUCUCACUGGAGGGGGCUGUUGCCAAACUGACUGACUGUCUGAGAGACUUGGGAGCUGGGAACUGGCAGCUAGCUGGUCAGGUUUGUCAGGCUUUAUGGAACAUGGUCGGGAGCAGCUCAGACACCCCACUGGACACACAGGAGAUGGAGAUGCUGCUGGACAUCCUCAACACAUACUUAGGUGUAGAGGAUGCUCUGAAGUGGACAGAAAAUGAAGACGGGAGGGCAUGCUGGGAGUCAGAAUUUCUUCCAGUCGCUCAGAACCUGGUAAAGGUGCUCACGUCACAACAUCAUAUGGCCUAAAAAAAGUCGGAGAUACUUCUUAAAUGUUGCAUUUACAAAUAAAUAAUUAAAAAACUCUUGGGUCUUAACAGAGGUUACGAGUUCACUAUGAUUUUAGUACAUUGUUCAAAAUGUUGGGACCACUGAAUUUUUAAAAGCAGGUUUUUCCCAUUUUCUCUUAAUUCAUGUUUAAUGUAUUUGCAAUGUACGCCUAAUCUAUGAAUGAUGCACACAUUUGUAUGCACUUUAAUGUUGAUACCAAUAAAGCUUGCAGAAGCCUCAAA